CCCCGCCCCUCCUGCCCUUUGCCUGCCGGCUCCCGUCUGGUCGUCUUCGGCCAGGACAGCGGACUCCCCAUGGCUUCCCCACCCUGCACGCUCGCCCUGCUGUGCUUUCUGCUCCUGCUUCAGGGGACCCUGGCUGCAGUGUUCAGGAGUUUGCAGUGCCCACGCAUAGACAUACACACCCACACAUGCAUGGACACAUAGGCUCACAUGGACCCAGAAACGUGUACAGCUACAUGUGCACACACAGAGACACAUGCACACAGAAACAUACCAAUAUGCACACAUGGAACAGAACAAGUGCAGACACUGCCAGACACAUGUGCACAAACACAUGUGCACGUGCAAUAUGUACACAGAUGCCCACAUGCAGACAUGAGCACAAAUGCACACAGACACAUGCAGACACAGGAAAAGUACACAUGUUGGGCUUUGCAGAACAGAGGUGCUAUCUGGGCUGCCUACGGUACCUGUGAUGGAGAAUCUGGAGGAGCUCAGAGCAGAGCUCCCGGAGCCUGCGUCCGACACAUUGGCUCAGCCUUGGGACACAGCUGAGGCUCGGUGGCCUCAGAGAGAAGACUUAGGAGCUCGUGCUGAAAGCCCGGGAGCCUUGCCGACCUCCCUGGAACUGAGCAGCCCGGGUGGGUGGCUGCCCCUGCCUGAGUCUCUUCCCAACUCCUCCAUCUUUGAGGUGCUUUGUUGCCAGGUUUGUCCGGCCCAAGAGCCCCAUGAUCUGCUCCUGCAGUGUGGCAUGUGACACAGGGGUCGCUGCUGUCCUCUGCCCUUCCCACUCCCAAAGCCCAGAACCUCAAUUCUUAUCCCCAAACUCUCCUUCUGGGCCAGGUGGAUUUCCUAGGAAGGUACACAGGUGAAGAUUCUAAUUAGGAAAAAGCAUGUGGCCUUCCUUCACCCACGAGGUCCCGCAGCUGCAUCCCUUCCCUCCCCUUGUGCCUGGCAGUCGCCUCCAUCCUGUGUUCCCGGCCACACCCCCUGCACUCACCAACAGUUCCUGGUGAGGGAAGCCACCAUCCGGCCCUAUCUGAGGCCGCCUCUCCCCUGCAGGGCCCUCGCUAGCAUUUCCUCCCUGCACACCCUCCUCUGGCCUCACCAGGUCCGGGUCUCUCCCGGCCACUCCCGCCUCCCUUUGCUCCCAGGUCCCCUUCCCACGGCAGCCACCACAUGUCCAGCCCCAUGGGCGGCUCCCACAGCAUGGCCACCACGGAGGGCUCUCGUGGACCCUUCUGACUGGAGGUCUCUACCUGGCUCCAUCUCCAUGCUCCCCCGGGGGACUGUGUGUGUCUGCCGGGGCGGUCUGAAGGGUCCUCAGGGUCACGUGUUUGGGUUGCUGGUGUCACGCCACCCUAGGCAGCCAGGAGUGAAGUCACCGCACCAGCCUCACUUCCCUCCUAAGCGGGAAGGGACCACGGUCACCUGCUCCUGAUGUCAGCAUCAUGUGAGAGUCAGGAGGGCGUGUGGAGGGGCUGGGGCAGGGUGGGGCGGGCACCCGGGCUGACCAGUACACCCGCACCACUUGGAGGCAGGAGGGACUGCGUGGUUUCCCAGGACAGGGGACGCGGGAGGGGUGGAGAGGAGGAAUUUGGGUUCCAUACGAGCUGUGUAGUGCCUAUCUAUAUACGCUCACAUGUACCCUUUGUGUGCCCAAGAAAGGGACUGUACAGUGGCUCCUCUUUCAUCAUCAUUUUUUUCACUCAGUAUCACAUUUUCUUCUGGGGGAGGGGGUCAGACAGGGUCUCGCUAUGUAGCUCGGGCUGGCCUUGAUCUCACAGCGAUCCUCCCGACUCAACCUCCCAAGGGCUGGGGUUACAGGUAUGUGCCACUGUGCCUGGCUCACAUCUUUUUUUUUUUUUUUGGGUACCAGGGAUCAAACUCGGGACCUUGCGCUUGUGAGGCAGGCACUGGAACCACGUAUCUUCUUGAGCAUUACAGUUAGUGGCAGCCGGGAUGCCAUCAUUUGGUUGUCUUUGACUAUUAUUACCAGUAGCUCCACAAGUUUUUGUACAUGACGGAGAAUUUUCUUAUGCUAUAUCCCUAGAAGUGAGGGUAAGCAGGUCAAAAAGCAAUGGAUGUGCUCAAUUUUCAUUUCAUUGUAUGAAAUCGCGGCUGUGUACUUGGACCUAAGGCUGUGGCCUGUCACCUGUCACCAGGGUCCAUGAGAAGCCCACCCCAUUUCAGAUUCAGCCUUUGCUAGUCCUCAGCCCACAGGGCAAGGCACUGGUGAAGAACCUGUCCCUCCCAUGCACAGCAUAUGCAGGAACCCUGGUUCCCACCCCUGAGCAGGAGAAGACUGUGUGAGUGGAUCAUUUCUAUCAUGGACUGGGAUGAUCUACUAGGGGGCUUCCACGAUAAUCUGGUGUGGGAGAUUACCAUGGGAUGGCCUGUGGAGCAGCUCCCAUGAAAUGACUCAGUGGGGUGGAGUCCACGAGAAUCUGGUGUGAGUGGCUCCCCUGAGGAAUCCCAGUAGAGGUGGCUUCCCUGACAUGACCCGGUGGGGUGGCUUCCCUGAGAUGAUCCAGUAGAGGUGGCUUCCCUGAGAUGAUCCAGUAGAGGUGGCUUCCCUGAGAUGAUCCAGUAGAGGUGGCUUCCCUGAGAUGAUCCAGUAGAGGUGGCUUCCCUGAAAUGAUCCAGUAGAGGUGGCUUCCCUGACAUGACCCGGUGGGGUGGCUUCCUUUGCUGUAUGAGAUGGGACCACGGUGGGUGGUUCCAUGCCAUUCGGUGUGGCAGGCUGCACGUGUUUCUCAGGAUCUUCGUUGUCAGUCUUUAUAACCCAGGAGGAAGCGCAUGGGGUUCUGCACAGACAGCGGCGUGCCAACUCACUCCUGGAGGAGCUGUGGCAGGGCUCCCUGGAGAGGGAGUGCAUGGAGGAGCAGUGCUCUUUCGAGGAGGCCCGGGAGAUCUUCCGGAGCACUGAGAGGACGAACCAGUUCUGGGUUACUUACACUGAUGGGGACCAAUGUGCCUCAAAUCCUUGCCAGAAUGGCGGCUCCUGCCAGGAAGAUUUCCAGGGCUACGUCUGCUUCUGUCUCCCAGACUUCGAGGGCCGGAACUGUCAGAUAAACAAGAGUGCCCAGCUGAUCUGUGACAAUGAGAACGGCGGCUGUGAGCAGUACUGCAGCGACCGCGUGGGGGACACGCGCAUCUGCCGGUGCCACGAGGGGUACACGCUGCAGCCGGACAAGGUGUCCUGUAUACCCACAGUUGAAUAUCCAUGUGGGAAAAUACCGGUUCUGGAAAAAAGAAAGAACAGCAACAUCCAAGGCCGAAUAGUGGGGGGCCGGGUGUGCCCCAAAGGGGAAUGUCCAUGGCAGGCCACGCUUGUGCUUAAUGGGGUGCUGCUGUGCGGGGGCUCCCUGCUGCAGGCCAGCUGGGUGGUGUCGGCAGCCCACUGCUUCGACAAGCUCCGGAGCUUUAGGAACCUGUCAGUUGUGCUGGGCGAGCACGACCUCAGUGAGGUCGACGGGAACGAGCAGGUGCGAAAAGUGGUCCAGGUCAUCUUCCCCGACAAGUACGCCCGGGGCCAGACUGACCACGACAUAGUGCUCUUGCGGCUCCACCCGCCGGUGAACUUCACGGACCACGUGGUGCCCCUCUGCCUGCCCGAGAGGGCCUUCCUGCAAGGCACGCUGACCAGCAUUCGCUUCUCCCGCGUCAGUGGCUGGGGCCAGCUGCUGGACCGCGGUGCCACGGCCCUGGAGCUCAUGGCCAUCGAGGUGCCGCGGCUGAUGACCCAGGACUGCCUGGAGCAGUCGCGCCGGACGCCCCACUCGCCCGUGAUCACCACAAACAUGUUUUGCGCCGGCUACUUGGACGGCAGCAAGGACGCCUGCAAAGGGGACAGCGGGGGCCCGCACGCCACGCAGUUCCGCGGCACGUGGUACCUGACGGGCGUGGUGAGCUGGGGCGAAGGCUGCGCGGCUGUGGGCCAGCUGGGCAUCUACACCAGGGUGUCCCCGUACACCGAGUGGCUGCGCAGGCUCAUGGGCUCCCCGCCGGGGCGGGGCACCCUGCGGGUCCCGGUCUUCUAGCCCUGGCCCGGGCCCGUGGCGGGGGGCGGAGACGCGGGCACUGACGGUGGUCGAGAGCGAGAGCCAGAGCCAGAAGGAGAGGCCAACUCGGAGACGGAAGAGGGAAGAGGGCAGAGGGAAGAGGGGCGCCCGGGGCGGGCUCCCUCUAGGCACGCAUGCGCACAUGCUCGCAGUCGCCGCACACGCCUUCCGGGCUGUCGCUUCACUCCCCUGCGCCCUGCUCAGUUCCCCUCGGUUCCAUUAAACGGAAAGGUCGUCAUGCUUUGGGAACGUCCUGCUCCGCCUUCCUGAGCA